GUGGUGCAUGUUCACUUGUUCAGCGCAGUAGCAAUAAGUUCUAUGUCCUUAUCUCUGGUGGCAUUUUCGAAAUUACACGCUCAUACGAGCAAUCUUGUCUGUCUUUGUGCAAUUCCCAAUUUCUUUGUUUUCGAAAUAGAGCAUCGGCGAGCUUGUGUCAAUUUCAGCUAUGAACUAAUUAGAGCACGCCCACCAGAAUGUGCAUCUCCUUGAGAUAGUGCCUUUUACUAUUUCAGUAGUUUUCUCUUUCUCAAUCAGAAUUCAUGGCGUCUUUAAUGCUCAAUGGACCUAAAACCCCUAUCUUCAUCGGGAAUAGCAUAGCCCCAUCUGGGUUAGGUUCUCAGGGUCUUGAUUUUCGCAAGCGAGCUCUCAUGGAGAAGGGUUUUGUGUCUCAUCGUGAUAACAAAUGUAGAUUCAAGAACUUGACCCCCAGAUGCAGUAUCUCGGCCUCGAGGCCGGCUUCUCAACCUAGGUUCAUACAGCACAAAACGGAGGCGUUUUGGUUCUACAGGUUUUUGUCUAUUGUGUAUGAUCACGUUAUUAACCCUGGACACUGGACAGAAGAAAUGAGAGACGAGGCACUUGAGCCUGCUGAUUUGUAUGAUCGUAACAUGAGAGUGUUGGAUGUUGGAGGAGGGACAGGGUUCACAACUCUUGGGAUAGUGAAGCAUGUUGAUGCCAAGAAUGUUACUAUUCUUGAUCAGUCUCCUCACCAGUUGGCCAAGGCUAAGCAGAAGGAACCCCUGAAAGAAUGUAGGAUCAUAGAGGGCGAUGCUGAAGAUCUUCCAUUCCCAACUGAUUAUGCUGACAGAUAUGUUUCCGCUGGAAGUAUCGAAUACUGGCCUGACCCACAACGCGGCAUUAAGGAAGCAUACAGAGUACUGAAAAUAGGAGGCAAAGCGUGUAUUAUUGGUCCUGUACACCCAACCUUCUGGCUGUCCAGAUUUUUUGCAGAUGUGUGGAUGCUCUUCCCCAAGGAGGAAGAGUAUAUUGAAUGGUUUCAGAAGGCUGGUUUCAAAGAUGUUAAGCUGAAAAGAAUAGGUCCAAAAUGGUAUCGUGGUGUACGCCGACAUGGUCUAAUCAUGGGUUGCUCUGUAACAGGUGUGAAGCCUUUUACUGGGGACUCUCCCCUCAAGCUUGGACCCAAGGCAGAAGAUGUAAAGAAGCCUGUAAAUCCAUUUGUGUUUCUUUCUCGGUUCAUUCUCGGUGCACUUGCAGCCACUUAUUAUGUAUUAGUGCCAAUUUACAUGUGGAUUAAGGACAAGAUUGUUCCAAGGGGCAUGCCCAUCUAACUUUGUGUCCCAAAACUGGGGUGGGAUUCUCAUGUACUUCUCUAAAAUGACUGUUUGUGACAUUUUGAUGAUGAUUCUGAUGUAAAUCCUUUUGCUUUCA